AAUGCCAAUGUGGGAGAAAAUUAUUUAUAGAGAAUAAGAAAAAAUUUGAGAAAAUUACACUCUAAGACAAUUUACAAGUUUCUAUUAACAUUUUGGGUCACUUUCAGCUAUUAGGGCAGUUUCUUCUAACAAACUCUCUUUUCUCCACUUGUUUCUAACUAAUUUAGUCCAUCUCUAACUACUAGUCAAAAAGACCCAACAAUUAGAAGGACGGGAACCGCUCACCACCGCACAUCUUCCUCACCAUCAGACGACCCAUAAGGUUUCUGCCAUAUAUGACAAGACAGAUAUCUGUCAAAAUUUUCAACCUUUAGAUUAACAAUUUGACUUUUCAUUUGUGCGGUCCAGAUUUUACCAAAUUUCCCACAUCUUCAUCUUCCUCGUUUUCUUUCUAUUUUUCUUUUUUGAGGAAGAACAGUCUCACCACAAUCAGCACUUUUGUAUCUAUUUGGCCACAAAUAUCAACUUCUAAACUCGUGGUUAGUUUAAAAAAUUUCAUUAACAAAUUAAUCCAUGUUAACGUUUAGGUUAAGUAAUUUUUUACUCUUGCAGGGUCCACCAUGUCGACUCACUGCAUGGUAAUACCUGGCGCCUGGUCUUCCGGCGACGGUGGUUGGAACUUCGCCAUCGAUAAGGACAAGAUGUCCAGGAUUGUCCCUGUACGCGCUGGUAUGACAUUGUCAGAGUUAGAAUCCAACGUUACGAAUGAGUUCUUUACUUCAACGGAGACCGCGUAUCUCCCUAUAUUGAGUUACUGGCCUCCUAACACGAAAGAGCUUGUCACCGGACUAACAACACCGCCAGUUAUUAUGACAAACGACGGUUCUCUUCGCUUUUUCUUUCUCCACCUGGAUGCUCACCUAGGAAUGAAUUUGUUUGUCACCUUCCAAGCCAAACCCGUCACCCAGCCAGCUAGUCAAGUGGAUGAGAAUCCCUUACCCUUUACCACACCAAAUCAACCUAUAAAACACGACCUCAACCAGUUUCGACCCCCUUCUACAGCCUCAUCCAAAAUCCCUUCAUUCUCUCUUUUUGGAGAUGAUGACCUCCUACACGAUCCCCCACCUCGUGUUCCUGUUGAUGCCAGUAACUCCCUACAUUCUCCUUCUACCUUCCCCUCUUCUCCAAAAGGCCCCAAAAUAACCCGAUUUUCCCUUCAUGAAGAAACUCUUUCUUGCGGAGAUGAGAUGCUUGAACAAAUGUUCAAGGAAGACCCCGACAACAUCCCUGACAGUUGGGUACUUGAUGACGACGAGGAGACUGCCUCAGAAAGCUCUCAACCUCAAGACACUGAUGGAGUCCCGCCUGCUGGAUAUGACCAUGAUUUUUGGCAUCUUUUGUUAGAGGAACACCUUGGCGGGUCUGAUGCAGUUCAAGUUAUGGCUGGGAUAAAAGUUCCAAAAACAGCCCCCCCCCAACGCCUUCCGUCAUCCACUGUACGACUGGAAACGGCAAUGCCUUCGAUCAUACAGUCCGUUUAUCGGGCGAAGAUCCAACUGACUGGAAGAAAGAUCUUGAUUUUCUCGGUGUACAUCAGAGGGAACGUACGGGUGGACAAUCAUCCCGUACAUCGACAGAUACUCCACAACCCGACUCGUCCACGCGUACACCUAAUCCGAUGUCCCAUGGUUCUACAUCCCAGGCCCCCCCACUCCCCCAGUUCGCGAGACGCGGCCCCUAUCUGAGAUUAGCGACGAGGAAUUCGACGUCCCCCCUAUGUUAGAUGAUAUCGCAUACCAGGCUGAUGAUGUCCCUGACCUCAAUUUUGACGACCCUGACGGCGAACCAACUGUGGGGAAGCUAUAUGCGUCCAAGCAAGACUGUCAAAUUGCAUGUGCUAUUUACGCAAUAAAGAAACGUUUUCACUUUAGGCAAACCCGCACCACAAGGCAUUCAUUUGUUCUUAGCUGCCAUGAUACUCACUGUGAUUGGAGGAUCUUAGCACAAGAACUCACCAAUUGUGGUUACUACACUAUCAAAAAGGCUAACCUUGUACACAUCUGCCCCUUCGACACACGUGACCUUUACAAAAGAAGAGCCACCUCAAAAGUCAUCGCUCAUGUUUACCGUUCCCGAUUUGGUGAACCAACCCUUGGUCCCAAAUCAGCCCAGCUGCAACAGAUGGUCUUGGAAGAUCUUCGAGUCUCUGCCUCAUACAUGAAAUGCAACAGGGCUAAGGGAAAAGCAACUGAAUCCAUCACGGGCAACGCUGAGGAUUCCUAUCUGGAGCUCGCCUCAUACUUUGAGAGACUGAAAGCCACUAACCCAGGUACCGUAACUGCCAUCGAAGCAGAAUUAGAUGAUUUCGGCCAGACUCGUUUUCUUUAUGCCUUCCUCUCUUUCGGAGCGUCCAUUCGGGGUUUCCGUCGUGUACGCCCUGUCCUCAUUGUCGACGGUACACAUCUAUCCGGAAAAUACAAGGGGGUCUUACUCACGGCCAGCGGGCAAGAUGCCAACUUCUAGGUAUCUCCUUCUGCUUUCUGUAUCGGAAAAAUUACCAUGGCUUCGCGGCCGUGUACAAGUUAAAUCCCUUUUGUUCACGUGUACCCUUUUCCUGUACGUGUACACGUUCUAUUUAUACCAGAACAUGUACAUUUAUUAACACUUUAUUUUCAUCACGUUUCCAGGUUUUUCCUUUGGCUUACGCCGUCGUUGAUGGGGAGACUGACGAAUCAUGGCACUGGUUCCUAGCAAAAGUUGAAAGGAUUAUUGCGGAUUCCAACGCUCUCACUAUCAUAUCAGAUCGCAACAACUCCCUCCUCAAAGCUAAGCAGAUCGUAUUCCCAAAGGCACACCACGGGGCCUGCAUUGUUCACAUCAUGCGGAAUGUUGUCUCAUGAUUCAAAAACAAGGGUCUGGCCAAAAUGGUGUGCGCCGCAGCUUUCUCUUACAGACGCAAAGAUUUCAAUGACAACUUCGGCAAAAUUAGACAAGCUAGUGCAGCGUGCACAAAAUACCUCGAAGACAUUGGGACUGCUAAAUGGAGCAGAAAAUAUUUCCCAGGGAACCGAUACAACCUCCUCACUAGCAACGUUGCCGAACAACUCAAUAAUGCACUAUCCAAGUCGAGGGCUUCACCUGUUGUUGAGUUGUUCAUGUUCAUCCAAAGGAUGUUGACUCGUUGGUUUUCAGCUAGGAGAACCAAAUCAGCAAAACACAGGGGGGCUGUAACACCGGAGGUUGAGGAUGUAAUGCAGACACACAUUAGGCUAACUAAAGGCAGCAAAAUCUCAAAUAUUACUAGUUGGAGCUAUCAAGUCAAAGGUGUUUUUGGUCACACCAACACUGUUUCUCUCGAGAACAAAGUUUGCACAUGCCAAGUAUUCCAACACCUUAAAAUCCCUUGCGGACAUGCUCUGUUGGCCGCUGAUUCCAUCGGUUAUCCACAUUCCCAACUUUUUGGAGACUGCUACAAAACACAAACAUGGAAAGAAACAUAUGCCGGCGUCAUUUACCCCGAGGCUCUUCUAGGGGAUCACCCUCUGCCUCCAGCUAUUGAACGCCUCUCCCUACAGCCUCCCAAGACCCGUUGCCCCUCUGGGCGUCCUAAGGACAAACGCUACCCUUCCACAGGAGAAAUACAGGUUACCAAACUCAUACAUUUUUCUUUUCAUCGUUUCAACACAACACCCCACUGAAUUGAAAUUCGUAAUCUCAUCUCCUCAGGUUCCAAAGAAAACCAAACUCAACAGAUGUGGUCGGUGUGGUGUCUCUGGCCACAACAGGACCAAUUGCAAGGUCCCCAUAUAACCGGGGUGAAUUCUAUAUCCACAAGGUUUCGCUUUUGGAUAGCGCCUUCACCUUUCAUCAGUUCACUUCUCAGUUGUUUUUGGAUUUUUUGGUUUUGUUGCAUGUCUAAACAUUAAUGAACAUGUAUGAGCUGUUCUGAAGACGCUUUAACUAUUUUUGGAUUUUUGGAUUUUGUUGCAUGUCUACACCCCAACAGUUUGCUACAACGAUAAGCUCGGGAUAAAUUUUAAACAACCGUCUGCGUGUACACAUGUACACGUCCAUACAUACUUACACGCACAACUACAUCCUCUGUCAGUUCGUACAUUAAUUUUACUUUCAGUACACGUUUACAAGUUAUAGUGUUCACACUAACGUCAAACGGUUCCUCCCACGCAUCCACAUACAGAAGCGCUUGUGUACAUGUGUACCUCCGACGUAAACAUGUACACGUUUGUUGUUCCCAGCUCGUACGUACAACUGUACACCUCAGGUGUCCCUAACUAGCACAAAUACAUCCUACGCCUACCACAAACGUCGCAGAGUUUAAUACAUUAAAUUUACUUCAAGUACACGUUUACAAGUUAUAGUGUUCACACUAAGGCCAAACGGUUCCACAUACGGGGACGCUGUUGUACAUGCGUACGUACGCUAGGUGUACAUCUCAUACUACAGGUGUACAUUUGUUCACUCGUGUUUUAGGGCGCCCUAAAUGUACAGUCUUUAACAUACUUACUCAAUCUAAAUGUAUACUGUAGGUGUACAGGUGUACACUCGUUUUCCAUACAGCCCCAAAUGUACAUUCUUUACCAUACAGCCCCAAAUGUAUACCAACUUGAAUCGUGUACAUACGCCAGGUGUACAUCGCAUACUACAAGUGUACAUGUAUGCACUUGUUUUUCAUAAAGCCCCUAAUGUACAUUCUUUAACAUACAUUAUUACGGAAUCUAAAUGUAUCACAACUUGUUCGCAUUCGACAACCAAAAGAACAACAAUAACUACAUAAAUAAGAUUUGUUUUCCUAAACGUCCAACCAUAGCCGAUAAUACAAAAAACUUGCUGACAUAACAUGUUUUGCAACACUGAGAGCCGAUAGUAAAUUAAACAUCCUGACAACACAACAAGGGCCCUGACCAAAAAAAACCUCCAACCCUUUCUGCAAUGUCACAACAAAAUAAACCUUCCCUCCGGAAUCAUCACAAGUACAAAGGCACUACCCAGUCUUUAUAAAUCUCCAUCGCAUACUGUUUCCGGAAUAUGUCCACCAGAUCAUCGGUAAGCCCAGCCAUCGUUGGUUCCUCAUUGCCCGUCGCGUGCAUUUCCAGGAACUUAAUGGCCAAAGGCCCACAGUCCCCGCUGCACCGGUUUUCAUACAAACCAACUACCCUCUCAACAUGGAAGGGCACAAGCGCAUGUUCUCCAACCGCUUGCGGUGGACACACUUUCUUCGCAAGGUAAGGAAGGAUUCCCGCCACAGGUUCCAUCAGCAAAGCCACUUGGUCCUCACUCUUCAAACGGGGGUUCGGAUCAAAUACCAAUAUAUCCCACGUCGCAAGUCGUAUGCAAAGCCCCACCCAAUGAUCCCCUCCCCCAAAUCAUUGGGGCGUACAGCGUGUCCACGUCAACCCCCCACUUCUUCCCCUCUCUUGUAAGGAACUUCGUUAGCUUGACAUCAGUUGCUAUACGGGUUUUGCGUCUCGCCGCUUUGAAUGACCUCUCCUUCACUUGCAAGUGUGCUGAAAACCAUGGCGCAACCAACAUCGCCCGGUUUCCUCUUAAGGCCUCUCCAUGCAAUCUCCCAACGUAAUCCGCCAGCACAUCCAUAUGCUAACCAAAGCAAACAUUAUUUACAACCAUCAAACCCAACAAACAGAGUUAAUACUACCACUAAACACAAAGUCAACGGAAACAAACUUACCGUGCUACUAACCCAUUUGCAAGGCGUAGCCAGAUUUAUGAAAAACUCGUUGUCCAGAUCAUAUCCACCCGCAUUUGUAUGCAUCCUGCAAGAAACACAUCAGUACCAAUUAAAAUAUAGGGUGGUCUGUUUAUGUAACAACAAAUUAAAAUAACGUUGCAACGCUUACACUUUUAGGUUGGCAAGCAACACUCGUUCGAAGUAGGCGUAGUCGCAAUCUUCAACAGUCGGGACAAUGGCCGGUACAAUGUACUGAUCCUUUGCCAGCAACACUGCCGCCAGUUCACCUUCUUGUUCAACUGGCUCAUGCCUUUCAGUCCGCCCCCAUCAGAUGUAUCACUAACAACCAAAACAUUCGUGUUUGGACCCACCCCUAUUAUCUCCGCAUCCUCCGAAUCACCCACCUGCUAUCACCCACAAUAAAAGAGAUUCAUUAGCCCACACGUGUACUCAUAAAGGUCCUAUACACAGGGUCGUGGGCGCAAAACUCAACCUGACUAUCGCUUUCAUCGUUCUCGUUUUCAAUCUUUUCUUCACCUUUGCCCUCCUCCACACUCAUGAGAUCACCCUUCUCUUCACUCAUGGUCUCACCCUUCUCCUUUUCAAUCUUUUCCGUUUGCGGAGAAAACAGAAAUACUCACUCCAUCGUACAUGUGUACAAUCUAAUAUGUACACAUCGAGGAUUGCGCAAAUCAAACAAUACGAAACAAGCGAAUGAAUACCUUCUCCUCUGUCACAUUGUCCUCAACCAAAACCUAACAGACGAAACAUCAAACACCUCCGUAGGGGUCCCCUAAUACAAUAGUUAACCACCAUCAAUAACAGUGCCCUACAUAGAUCAUCGGAUAGGACCCACUCAUACAAUAGUUAACAGCCAAAGCAAUCACUUUACUACCUCUGAUUGCUUAUCACCAGCCUUGACUCCGGUCGCUGCCAACACUAUAGCAUCCAAAGCGGACAUAGCCUGAAAACCCCAUUCAUGACAUCAAAUCCAAUUCCAAAAAAGGAUUGAAACAACAAUCAAAAUGUUACAAGUUACUUACACUAGCAUCCAGCCCGUCGCCAGACCCUCCUUGCUCUCGGCUCCCACCACCAACGCUGCUAUCCUGCACAACAUCUCAAAAACAUGAGUGCCUAAUUCGUUUAAAAUGCACAAAAUCGCGUAACAAACCUCUUCCUCACUGUGCACAAAGAACGUUUGGCUGUGCACGGCCCGAUAUACAACUUUGUCCCCAGCCCCUGGUUCAACCCAUUGCAAAGGUACACCGUCGCCCGGUGGCAACCUAACUAACAAAGACGGCCUGUCCUCUGAUAUAGACCGAGAACUCUGUUCAGGUGUUUUAACGUCUCCUUCGCCCUCCGUGUCGCCGGCGCUAAUAACUGGAACAUCAUCCUCCGCACUCUCAUCCUCGUCCUCUGCCACCGGGCACCGUCUUACAGUCCAUUCCCUUCCCUGUAAGGUUCUCCUCUUGGUCCUACUCUUAAUACUCCCUUGUUUUUUGAUUGAGCCCUUACCCUUAACAAAGGUCUUCCAUUUCUCAAACUUCCUACCUUGUCUCUCAACCACGUUCUUGAGCUUCUGAACUUCUAACACCAGUUCUUGGACAUGCGCCUCCAUCCUCUUAUACUGCUGUGCAUCCACCAUAGCUCCACGUCUAAAAUAACCGCUUACACGUCUUUGUUUUAGAGCGGGUGCUUCCGUCACUCCGAUGUUUGCUGCGCCCUUCCGCUUCUUAGCAUUCACUUUCACACCGUGCUUGUAAAUUGGAUCACCUCCAUCGCCUCCGCCCCAAUCACCUUUGCUAAACGCAUACCCGAUUUUUAUCAUCCCAAGCAUGUUCUCCACCUUUUUGUCAUACUUCUCAUCAUCCCAGGCUGCCCACCUUUCGUCGUGGGUACCACUGAUCUCCAUCAUCGGCUGCACAACCAACUGAAACAACAGAAACGUAUAAGACCCAAUAAAUAUUAAAAUAUCUAUGCGUACAUACUACUUUACUAAUGUACAUAACUCUAAUGCAUUACAUGUACACUUUUUAUUUCAGUACAAGUGUACAUUAAAAUAUCUAUGCGUACAUACUACUUUACUAAUGUACAUAACUCUAAUGCAUUACAUGUACACUUUUUAUUUCAGUACAAGUGUACAUUAACUACUUACAUCUAAGAACAAGAAACAUGUACAUAAAAACUCCUUACCCCCGCCUCAUGCUCUGCUUUCCGCAAAUGAACCACAGUCAACCCUGCAUGCUGUGGCAACACUUGCCCUGGGAAAGUGAGCAAUGUCGUGCUAUCAUCGCCGCGUGCUUGUUUCAGCAACUGGGGGAUAAGUUCGAACGCCACCAACUGCAACGCCAGCGGAAAACCCAGAAUCCUAAGAGUCUUCUGCCUCAGCUUCUUACAGAAAUCUCCAUUUGGAUCCUCGCACUUACCCAUCACUUUAGGACCUGGCUUCAUCUUUCUAAUUGCUCAAGCAAACGACUCCCUACCCCACUGAAAAGCAAGGAAGUUCUUGAUAUUCUUCACAAGAUUAACAUGUCUCAGACUCGGCUUCUGUAUCUGAGAUGUAGGCACUAGCACCCCGUCUACAAUUAUUAUCAAACACAACCUCAACUUGCGCGAAACCGGCAUCCCCGAGUCGCCUAAAACCAUUGCCACAAGGUCUGCUAUUGUCGCAUCCCUGUCUGGCCCAAUCAACCUUUCCCAGUACGCAUAGUUCUCCUCCGUAGCCGGCAACUCGUAGUCGAUGCUGUACCCCUCUUCGAACUCGUCACAGGGCAACCCAGUAACCUCACCAAACUCCACCAAAGAGAAUCUGAAGGGGUUUCCACCAAACACCGGCCACAACUCAUAUUUCUUCUUCGUUAGCACCUGCCUUGUCAGCAUCCCGUGUAUCACUUUGCCCAUCAGCACCCUACGGACAGGAAACCUAAAUAGGGUUCCAAAGCAAGAUCUCAGGAGCAUCGCCAUCUCCUCGGUACCGUUUAGUGCGUCUCUAACGCACAGCAGAAAAUCUAUAGUAGAGUACAUGUUGAUUCUCUCGCAUGGGAAACGAUCCGUUGCUAAUAACCUUUCCGGUAGACCGGCCGGUACAACAUCUUCAUCGUCUGUUCCAAUCAAGAAAAAAAAACCACUCGAUUGAGACACAAAUCAACACAAACACUAAAUCAAACUAAGAGGGGGGGGGGGAAGCGCAUCACUAACCAACGGCAAUCUCUUUACCACGAAGACUCCGCCGUCGAGACAUCUUGUUUAUCGUCGCCGUAACUGCCCGUCGUUUUUUUGGCUGGCUAUCGCCGCUUCGGUUUCUCGCUCUCUUGUCUCGGUAAAAGCGAAGUUGAUAGUGAAUAAUUAUCCUUACAGAUCCGUCUAUAAUAUGCGUCCCUGGGCCCACUACAUCGAUUUUAAAUUUUGAAAUUUGAACAAUCGAACUAAGAAAAAAGAAAAGGAACGGGCUGGUUAGGAUUUUUUGAGGGCAAGUUGGGUCUUUUCACAUGAAAACUGCCCCAGUAGCGGCAAGUGCCUUUUUAUGACAUAGAAACACGUAAACUGCCCUAGAGUGAAAAUAACUCAAAAAAUUUGGACCUACUUUGGCAUGUUCACACGUAGGAUUCUACCACUGGAUCCUACGUGGUAGCCACUAUCUAUCGGUCCUCUUCUCUUAAGAUCUGACAAGUUGCUUUGGCAAAAGAAGCGAAAGAAAGAAGAGUAAAACCUAUCUUUUGAUCUCAUCGUUAAUCUAUUGGCGAUCAAAUCAUAACGUAAAUUAGGAGUAAAUCUAAAUUUCGAGAUAAACUCGAUUACACGUCUGAUAAAAUUGUCGAAAUAGAAUCUGAACUUUCUACGUUUUCUUUCAAAAGAUAUUUUUUAUCUUUGAUCGGCAAUGUAAGCUCAAGAAUAUUCAUAUAUUUGUGGUUGAUGAUCUGGAAUAUUGCAAAUACACGUAUUGCAAACCAGUGAUAGUAGUCCAGUGGCGCUUGAGAGAAUACACCCAAUACGGCGAAUCAUGGUUUGAACUCUGCUAGUCACACAAAUAUGGGCUAUUACUUUCGCCUCAUUUAAAUGUCCAGGAGAAGGUCUAUUCGUGGAUUGUAUCUGCAUCCGAGAGUUAGGUCUGUAUUUUUAAUACUCGGGUUUAACCUUUUUAUUGAAAAAAAAUACACGUAUUGCGCACACACACAAAAGAACAAUUGAAACUAGAAAGGCGUUAGGCGUACCCAAGAUAACUCUUACACCUUAAAUAGCGCAUAAAUUUUCCAAACUUCUCAACCAUUCACUUUAGGUUUAUAAGAAAAUAUUAUAAAUUUAAGUAUUAUAAAUAGUUGUGUAGCGAAUAUUUCUUGUGACAUGGAUUUUGUGGUACCAAACAUAGAUAGUUAGAGCAUCUCCAGUGAUGUUACCACCAUUAGAGUCUAUAGCAUUAUUAAAUUAUUUUUUUUCGAUUUUUUUUUGUUUGAACAGUUAAGAACUCUAAUCAAAAUUGUAUGUCUAAUGGCGUUUUCUAAUUUGGAGUUCUUAGGAAUUAAAAAUAUUAAAUUUUAAAACAUGUAAAAUUAAAUUUUUUAUUUAUUACAUGAUUAAAUAUAAAGAUACAAUAAAAAAUAAAGAUAAAAUAUUAGAUUUUAAAAUUUUGGUGAAUGUUAAAUAGAUUUAACUCCAUUAAAUUUUUUAUUUAUUACAUGAUUAAAUAUAAAGAUACAUCAUUAAAUAUACAAUAUUUAACGACAAUUGACUAGAACUAUACAAAUCUUUUUUUUAUUACUGCCAUUUUUUUAUACCUAGCGUGUCCUUUCUUUAUGUUAUGAGAAAAAAACGUAUUUACAAGAAUGCCAUUACUUUUUAGUGCCACAUAAGCAAAAAUCCGGCGCCACGUAGGAAUUUGGUUCCAUGUUUUCAUUAAGUCAGCCGUAAAGCGCUAUAUACGUCGUUGCGGCUGAAUUAAACAACGCGGCUGACUUAAGAGAAAACAGCUGACAGUUGUUAGUUACAGCUGAUUUACAGAAAUCUGGCUGAUUUAUGAGAUAACGGCUGACUUACGUACACGCGUUAUGGCUGACUUACACAUUGGGGGUUUGAUUUAUGGAAAAUUCGGCUGAGUUAUAGUUAGGACAUGGCUGAGUUAUGUUUCCACGGCUGAGUUAUUGAACAUCGACUGGCUGAGUUAUUGAAUUUAUGACCGACUUAUGGGAUGUUGUUACGGCUGAGUUAUAUUUAAUCAGCCAUAAUUAGAUGGAUUAACAGUAAACUCAGCUUAUUUACGGCUGACUUAUUAGCGAAAGAUUAAUUACUAGAAUAUCAUUCGUUUGACGGCUGAUAUAUUUGACGAUACGGCUGACUUAUGAUUUUGCAUCCUAAUUACGACUGAUUUAUUAGCAAAGGAUUAAUUACUGAAAUAGUUCCACGUUUCGGCUGACUUACAUUCUACAUGAUGGCUAAUUUAUUUAGGAUGAGUUCUAUAUUCGUUUGGCGGCUGACUAACUGAUUUUCCAUGUCAUCCGCCAUGUCAUCAACUCAGAUUUGCCAUGUCAUCACUAGUCUAAUGUUACAACAGUAAAAUAAGGGUCUAUGUUAUCUUUAUUCUUCAUCUUUUAUAUCUAUCUUCUUCAUCUUUCUCUGAGAUCUAUAGUUUAGGGUUUGAAGUUCAAAUUUACGAAAAGAUUAAAGUUUUAAUAUUGUGUCCAAAGGAUAAACUUUAUAAUUUUAUAACUUUAUACUUCUAUAGUUUAGGGUUUGAGGUUCAAAUUUAAGAAAAGAUUAAAGUUUUAUAUUGUGUUCAGAGUUGAAGGAAUGAUUUUGUUCCCGCCCAAAACUUUUUGUUCCCGCCCAAAAUCUGAAACGCCACGAAAAAAAUUACACUUGAUGGCUGAGUUAUAGGAACAUUACAGUGAUGAUCGGUCACCGUAAAUUUCAGACAGAUUUACUACAAUCGUCGUCGUUUUCGAUUAUGAUCUGGUAAAGAAGAAGCUUCCCCUCCUCCAGUUUCAUAUAUGGCGGUCCUAUAUCCUGCUGCUCCCUCUCUCAUUGGAUUCGUCGUCUUGCAGAAGAAAAAAGACUCAAAGAGAGAGAUGAAGAAGUUAAGCCCCGUAAAUUGUAAGAAAAGAGGAGAUUUGAACAAAAAAAAUAAGAAGAUGAAAGAAGACAAAGAAGAUGAUGAAUUUCAAAGCUGAGUUUAUAUGUUCGAUGACUCAGAUGGUGCGUCAUCUGAAUAUGAUAACUUUAGUUCAUACAUUAAGUCUCCAACACAUACAUUCGGGCUGAAUUAUCCUUACAUUACGGCCGAGUUAUUCAUACAUUACGGCUGAGUUUAUAAUUUUUAUAACUUUAUAGUAUUAGGGCUUGAAGUUCAAAUUUAAGAAAAGAUUAAAGUUUUAAUAUUGUUUUCAAAUGAUUAACUUUAUAAUUUUUAUAACUUUAUAAUUUUAUAGUUUAGGGUUUGAGGUUCAAGUUUUAGAAAAUAUUAAAGUUUUAAUAUUGUGUUCAGAGUAGAAGGAAUGAGUUUGUUCCCGCCAAAAUAUUUUGUUCCCGUCCAAAAUACGAAACGUCGCAAAACAAAUUACACUUGACGGCUGAGUUUUAGGAAUGUUACAGCUGGCUUUUACCAUUCAGAUACGUUACGGCUAAGUUAUGCAUACUUUACAGUUGAGUUAUGCAUACAUUGCGGCUAUGUUAUAAUCAAAUUAUGGCUGAGUUAUGCAUACGUUACGACUGAGUUUAUAAUUUUAUAACUUUAUAGUUAUAUAGUUUUGGGUUUGAGGUUCAAAUUUAAGAAAAGAUUAAAGUUUUAAUAUUGUGUUCAAAAGAUAAAUUUUAUAAUUUUUAUAACUUUAUAGUUCUAUAGUUUAGGGUUUGAGGUUCAAACUUAAGAAAAUAUUAAAGUUUAAAUAUUGUGUUCAGAGAUGAAGGAAUGAUAUUUUCCCGCCCAAAAUAUUUUUUCCCGCCCAAAAUACGAAACGUCGCGAAACAUAUUACUCUUAACGGCUGAGUUAUAGGAAUGUUACGGCUGAAUUUUACCAUUCAAAUAUGUUACGGCUGACUUAUACCAUUCAGAUACGUUACGGCUGAGUUAUGCAUACUUUACAGCUGAGUUACGCAUAGGUUACGACUGAGUUUAUAAUUUUUAUAACUUUAUAGUUCUAUAGUUUUGGGUUGAGGUUCAAAUUUAAGAAAAGAUUAAAAUUUUAAUAUUGUAUUUAAAAGAUAAACUUUAUAAUUUUUAUAACUUUAUAGUUCUAUAGUUUAGGGUUUGAGGUUCAAAUUUAAGAAAAUAUUAAAGUUUAAAUAUUAUGUUCAGAGUUGAAGGAAUGAUUUUUUUCCGCCCAAAAUACGAAACGUCGUGAAACAUAUUACAUUUAACGGCUGAGUUAUAGGAACGUUACGGCUGAGUUAUGUAUACUUACAGCUGAGUUAUGCAUACUUUAUGGCUGAGUUUAAUUAUAAACCAACCCUAAUCUAAAACCUAAAAACAAAAAAGCUUGCAGCCGUGUUGACAAAAUCUAAACCUAACUAAACUACCGUGUGUUUUUCCCAUAUCACGAGAGCCGGGAGGUCAUUAUUGUCUUCUUCCUUCGCCACCGCAGUCCCGUUACCAUGAGAGCUCCAACGUCUUCAAGCCACACAACGGUUUUGUUAUCUCCUCCACCAUCAAGCUCCUCUGCCUUAUCCACCUUCUAGUAACAAGAACGAAUUCAAAACACAGAGAAAGAGCGAGAGAGAUUGAAAGAGAGAGAGGUGACAGGUGUGGUGACAAGCGGUGGUAGUGGCGACUACGGUGAAGAUGGAGACCGGCAAAAAUGGGUCUGAGAAACUGAAACAAGGACGACGUUGGCAAGUAUAGAUGGCGACGAGCUCAAUAUCCGUGAUGAUGGCGAAGACCAGUCUUCUUCGACACUUUCUCUUCUUCGCCGACAAUCUUCUUUUCUUCUUUGACGUUUCUUCUUUGCUCACUUCUAAGAUUUACAAACCAAAUAUACUAAGGCAUAAGAAAUGAAUGAUAAUGUAUGAAUCUCUCUUGUUUAGAAGACAGAAAGUGAAAGAGAUGAAGAAGAUCUGGAACUGUAAAGAACUCCAGAUAGAAAGAGAAGAGGAGAAGGAGUCGUCAAAUAGAAGAGAGAAAGUGAAGAAAAAAAUGCAUUUUAAACCAUUAGAUCAAAACUAAUCAAUGGUCAAGAAUUGUAAUCCUUGUACUAAAAAAUCUAACCAAUGAGAAAGAAGUUAGAAGAUAACCACUAGAUGGAUUUGUAGCCCUUAGAUUAAAACAAUCAAUGAUUAAUGUUUUAAUUUUGAUGGUUAAAAUUAUAUUUUAUAUUAAAGUGUAUUUUUGAUAAAUCUUUAUAUUUUAAAACUUGUAUUUUAUGAUUAUAUGUUGAUUUUUUGAUGUGCGGUUUAAAUAUGAAGUUUUAAGUUUAGGGUAUAUAACCGAGUAAGUUUAGGGUUGGGUAUAUAGUGUUUUGGGUUUCGAUUUAAGAUUUAAGAUUAUAUUUUUAAAUAAAAAAAAUAUUAGAGUUUUAACAUUUGUAGUUAGAAUUUAUGGUAGAUGAUUAAUUAAUUUUUUUAAAAAGUUUGAAGUUUAAUGUUUUAUGGUAUAGGUCAAAGUAUGUGGUUCAGGGUUUAGGGUUAAAGGUUCGAAAUAUAUAUGGUUUGAGAUCAUGGUUUGAAAAUAUUUAACUUUAUAAUUUUAUUUUUAAUAUUUGUAGUUUAAAUUUUAAAACGUUAUAGAAUAUUAUAAUUUUAUAUCAAAAAUAUUGAACCCUUAGACUAAAAUCAAUCAAUGGUCAUGAAAAAAGUAAUAUAAUUUGUAAUUUUAGUUCUUUUUAUUUUUUUUUUAAAUUGCUUAAAUUUAUAAAAUGUAGUUAUGGGUUUAAAUCAAAAUUUAAAAUGGAACUUUAAAUUAAAGAUUACUUUUUUUAAAUGAUUAAAAUUUGAGUUUAACUCUAAACAAUAAACCUAAACUUUAGACCUAAACCUUAAACUUUAAAUAAUAAUAAAAAUAUUGGAUUUAAUGUUCAAAGAUAAACUUUAAAUUUUUAUAACUUUAUACAUCUAUAGUUUAUGGUUUGAGGUUUAUAUUUAAGAAAAGAUUAAAGUUAGAGUCUUGUAAGUAAGAAUUGUAUAAGUGAUUGUAAGAGAACAUAUAUCUCAAGAUCAAGUUAAAGUCUCAACUUGAAAUUCAAGAAACUAUGCACAUUCAAUUGAUUUAUAUUCACUUGAUAUUGAUAAGAUGAUCUUCAAUAUAACUUUUUAAAGUACUUGAAUUCAGUUGUCCGAUUUUAGGGUAUGUUUGAGGUAUUGCUGAUUUAUAUAAACGAUACGGCUGAGUUAUCUAAACGAUACGGCUGAGUUAUCUAAACAUUUUCUGAUUUUAGGGUAUGUUUGAGGUAUGGCUGAGACACGGCUGUGAUAUAUAAACGACACAGCUGAAUAGUGUAAACAUAGCAUAAAUCAAACACACAAUAGAUGGGUGAGUAAUGUUUUUUACAUAGAAAACCAAAAAUAUAUGUUUUCUGCACCAUUCUGGUAUUCAUCCAUGUAUCCAAGCUUCAAUGAACUCCUCUGUGUCGUCUCUGCUGAAUCCGUCACUUCUUUUUGUCUCCUUUAUUUUUUUUUGUUCAAAUUUCUCUUUCACUCAGAUCUGAAAAAAAAAAAUAGAUUAUCCAUAUAUGGGUAUGAAAUCACAAACAAACUUAAUUAAAUACAUCCCACAAUUAUCGAUCUGGGUGUUUUUUUGGAAUGUAUUUGUCUUUUCUCCUCGGAAUGCACACUUCUUAUAACAAGGUUUUCGGAAAUUGGCGAGAAGUAACUCAGCCAAAAAUGUAUAUAUAAACCAGCCGUAAAAGAAAAGUUCAACCACAACAUAAAUUAAAACUCACAAACUCGAAAAACGCAGCAGAGAGGAUUUCGGGCGAUUGCAGCAAAAAAUAUUUCGUAAAAAUGAUUGGAGAUAACGAUUUCGGAGAAGACAAUAUCGGAGAAGACAAGACAAAGAAUUAGUUCGAGGAAGAGGCAGUAAACACAAUGUCGAUGACGAUUUCAGAGAAGAUGUGGUUAGGGUUCCUUUGUUCUUCGACGAAGUUGUGCUGUGGUAUUGUGUUUUUUUUUCAACGUUAUGUAAUUAAAGAGAUGGUUGAUUGUUCUCUAUUGAUUAUGUGGAUACUUAAUUAGAUAUGUGGAUUUAAUGUUUAAAAAUAAUUUCAAUUAAAAAAAACUAAUCAAAGGCCCUUAUUGUCAUUUACUAGGGGUAUCAAAACAUUCUAGUAAUUUUCAAAAGAUGUAUAACAUUCUAGUAAUAACCCAACUUUUCUAUAACAUUCUAGUUAUUUUCUCUUGAUUUUUUUGGUCUGGUAACUACUAAAUUGAUGUCAUUCUUUUCUGCUUUUUCAAAUUUUUAUUGUUUUAAAUUAUUUUAUUUUUAAUUAUGUGGCAAUAUAUUAUUGGUUGAGUGACUUGUGAUUUAGUAUAUAAAGGAUUGUAUUCAUAAUAACCUAGGAUUUUGUGAUAAGGACUUAUGAUAAACCUCCAUUGCGGAUGCUCUUAGCGUAACAAAGAUCAUAAACACGGUGCUUCUAACAUAUUUUUUUUAUAUGAAGUCAAUUAUAAACACAAACUUGUGGGAAUAUGAACUAUAACAAAAUUUCCAUUGGGUCCUCUUAGAAAUUUGUAGCUAAUUGUAUUUACUAUUUAAAUUAAGUUUUGGUAUAAAAAUGUAGUUUAUAGUCCCUUAUCAUUUGAUAUUGUUAUCUAGUCCAGAUUAGCCAUAUAAUCAUAUUAGUAUGAAAACUGACAACCUAAUAUAUAUUGCCAUGGACAAUAGUUAAUCUCCAAGAUCAUGGUGAUAUAGUGGCCACUUAAACAUACAGUCAUACACGACAUAUUUGGAUAUCAUUUAAAAUUCAAUGAAGCUAGUUGACUUUUGUUAAUGUCAACUCUUCCUCCACCAUCAGAGGUCAAGAUAACAUCAAAUUAUUAUUUUUGGUCUAAAAUAACAUCAAAUUAUGACUACACCUAUUUCUUUGUUGACCUCUUGUCCAAUAAUACAAACCAAUUCUUUGAACAUAUAUAUAUAUAUAUAUAUAUUAUAAAGGGUUAGUUAGCACUUAAUUAGUCUGUAUAGUGAUUAAUUAAAUAUGUAUUCAACGUAAAGUGAUCAUCUUUAUAAUUCAUGCAUUUUAUAUAUGAUUUAUAUGAAAUUAGUACUUAGUAUGGUAUGCAAAACGUAAGGAUUUUGCGACACCCGUCACCUAUGUGGAGGACAUCGUGUCAUUCCCGACACGUCAUCAUACAACAAUGUGACACCCGUCUCCCUUUCACUAAGGAUAACAGGUCACCAACAAUAUCCCGUAAUAUAAAAGCUCAUAAACCCAAUAACACUUACCCAAGCCCUAAUAAAAUCCGAAAGAAAAGUCCAGUAGCAUCAAGUCCAUCCAAAUAUUACAUAAUUGUUUGUCUCACCUGAAAAGGGGAAGAGUGAGGGGUGAGCGACAUAGGAAUCGUUCAGUGAGGUAUGAGAUUCCAUCCCGAAGUCCUUGGACCCGGACAUAGCACUCCGAAUAAAUAUAAAUUAAUUCUAACACAUGUCAAACACGAUACCUAAAGUACCCAAACAACAAACAAUGGUCCUAGCGAGGUGCACACUCGCUGCCCACUAACAUGCCAAAAACAUAACACAGCUCGAGAUAGUGCUCAGACACCGCCCGUAGACGAUAUAUCGACACUCCCAGGCUACAGCUCAACCGGUCGACUAAAGUUGGCUGCACCUCCAUACAAUCCGGCAUACAACAGUCUCUUUAUCCGUCUCCAAACAAAAACAAUCCUAGCUAAGAAUUUAGAUUAAGUGAAACAAUCAAUGUUUAAUCCUCUAAUCCUCUAGUUCCGGUUUAAGCAAAGAACCUAAAAACUAAACAAGCAAUGACAGAAUCAAUUUCACACUGACGGAACAUAUUAUAAAUAAAUUAUACUUAUUCUAGGUCCUAAGCCGUGUACGAGAAGUUCGAGAAUAGACCCUCACCUUAGCAAUUAGAAGAAGUAAUGUCUAUGAACUCCAGCUGCUUAAAUAGAAUCCAUAUCUGAAAUCAGAUCGAAAUUCUGAGUCAGAAAGCCUUUCGAACGGUUAAAAACGGAACUGGUCAAGGUUUGCAGAAAAGUCAACCCGCUGGUCAAAAUCAACCCGUCUAAGCUUUGACCAGAAAUCGAUUUGACUAAACCGACCGGUUUACUCUAACCAAACCAAAAUUAAUGCACGGCGACGAUUUCUGGUAGAGACGGAAGACGGCGGCGACGAUUUCUGGAAGAGGCUUCGUCUGAGCUUCGAUUGUGGCAUGGACGGUGUCUACGGCUUCGUCUCGAUGAGAGGAACACGAUGGUGGUCUUGCAUGCGAGAGAUUCUUAACGGUUAGAGAGUUAUCGACGAAUUACAGAAACAGCCGAAACUUGGCUCAAAUGCAUGGCGGCGUCCGGCGAUUCCUUACUGCCGCGAACGGUGGGAACGAGCUCGACGAGGUCUCAAGGCGUGGUGGCUCCGGUGGCAAAUCAGGUGGCUCCAUUGAAAAGGUUUCCCCCCACUCUCUCUCUCUUUCUCUGUCUAAACUUCUGAUUUAUUUUCCUUGCAGACAAACAAACUGCUGGAGCUGGGGAAAUGGGUUUUAUAGUUCAUACAUUGGGCUUUUUCGAUUGGGCCUCCGGGAAUAGAUGGGCUUAGCCGGCUAACAAAUUUCAAGAUUGAAAUCAGGUCGUUACAGAUUUAUUCUUUAAUCCUUGAACAUGUGGUUGUAUGGAUUAUUUAUUUAGUAUAUGUUUCCCUUGAUUAUAUGUACAAUGGAUUAUUAUAUAGUGUUUUUUUUUUUUGAAAAAAGGCUUUCUAUUAUAAAACAUAAAAAAGAUACAAAAAGUUUCAGCCUAGUUAGGCAGUUUUGUGGGCAUUGCCCAUUAAUACAAACCCAUAACCUAUAGUUUUACGUAACUUAACCACAAUUUUGAAGCCCGAAUUAACAUGCCCAAGUAAUAAGAAGAUGGAUUGGUGAUGACACCGUCGUGGAAAUCCUUGAUGCCACAAUUAUAAUAAGGAGAAGGCUAGUCGCGGGGAGGUGGGUCUGAUCGAAGCAAUCUUAGACUUGAUGUAGGAGGCCAUAGCGUUUGAGAUGGAAUCAGGAGGCCGAAAGGUGUUCUUAUGAAGCCGAGCAUUUCGUUCUGACCAGAGGUGGUAGAUAGUGCUUUGCCACACAAAGAUGGGAAGGAGCUUUGCAUGCCUCGGGCCUGAUAGAAGGAUUAGUGCGGUGAGGGUCUGAUCCCAAGAUGAGGAAGCGGUUACUCCUGAUCGGUUUCCCAUAGUAUGCCAAACUUGCGAGGAGUAAGCAUAUUAAAAAAACAGGUGGUUUCGGCUCUCAUCAAAGGAGUUGCAAAGGAGACAUGUAAAAGGAGAGCUGAGGCCCCAAGACAGAAUGCGAUCUCUAGUCGGGCAUCGAUUGAUGAGGACAAGCCACGCUAAGAAGCUAUGCUUAGGGGUUCCUCUUGAGCACCAUACUGUCUUGCUCCAAUCUACAACCGGAUUGUGAUGUUUGAUUGUUUUAUAGACGGCUCCAGUACUGAAGGUAGUUGAUUUGUACCCAGUCACUUCCCACAUAUAUUGGUCCUCUGCUUCAGUAAGCGUUAUAGUUGAGAGGAAAACCUGAAUUUGAACUUUCUUCUCUGAUCUAGCUGCAGGGAGCAACCAGUUUCCAUGAUCACUAAGACUGGCGAGAGUAGCAUUCCUUGGGAUUCCAAGCCGGGAUGUUGGAGGGAGAUUCAGAAAGUCAGAGAGGCAACCGUAGGGACUCCAGUUAUCGCUCCAUAAACUACAGGUUCGACCAUUCCCUGUAUCAAGACAAAUCCAAGAAUACACAAUUGGCCUUAAGCGAAAAAGUCUUUUGACUAACCAAGUGUGGUUGUUGUUUUCCCUGAUGGUCAAGAAGUUUUAUAAGUUGCCCGAUAACACAGUGCCGAGCUUAGUGGUACCAAUUUGAGGAAGCAAUGAUCUGCCAAGAGUAGAACCUCCACGAGGUUCUCAACUCUAUCUCACACACUUGCUAGUUACCUAACACUCUACUAAUCUCAAUUCCUAAGGAAAAUACUUGGCUCUAGAAUCCAAGUAAUAUUCUUUGGCCAAACACGUACUCAUGACUGACUCACUAAGAUUCUAACACAUAACCAAAUAACUUAAUUCUAACAACUCAACCAGUUAGUCACUCCCUUACCAAGAGCUGAAUAACCUCAAUCAACAACAUUAAUUAAACGAGCAAGCAUUAAACUAGUCUAACAAGCAAUCUACGUAAUCAAACCGUUACCCAGAUAGUUGGCCUCCUACUAUGAAACUAUCUUUAAAGAUAACGGGUACCUGCACUCAACCAUAUCAACACACAAUAAUAGAAAACCUGAUGCAUCCUAGCUCUAGUCCUAGUCAGGUUAUUAACUCAGUCUUAAUUCCAUUUCAUCUUAGCUUAGCUCUUGCUAAACUGAGUCCGGUUCAAUAAAUAAAAUAACUCUAAGGACUCUAUCACCCAGUAACGUGAUCAUUCUAAUAUAUAUGCAGACUUGAUCUAUCCUAAAUUCCAGGUGGAAUUUAAACAAACCAACUCACAGUGUUCUAUGACGAUAAGCUGCUGGUUGAUCGGAGAGGACUUAGCCAAAACCCAAUGGACGACUUGAAUGGACAGGUCUGGACUGAUCUUAAAUUGGACAGAACCUCCCCUGAUACUGGUAUGGACUGAACUCAACUCGAGUAUCAUCUUCUUUAGCUUCUGGACAGUUCUUCGGACUUUCGGUGGAGUAUCGAGCUUCAGAACUACGACUGAACUGAACCCAUGGAACUAAACUGAUCUUGGACAGCACCUCCACUUGAUCAUUAAAGAAUAAGACUUUCUUGGACGGAUUGAUUUGGGCAGAACUUCCGCGUAACAAUCGUAGAAAAUCUUCGAUUUGACAGAACUCGGCUUCUCAGUGAAAUAUCGGUCUUCAAAAAAGACUAUACUCUCAAAAUGACUUCUUUCUUUUAUUUUCUCUCUCUCUAGCCACGUUUUGGAGUGAUUUUGGUAUGAGAAGGAUGAAUGAAACUGAAGGGAGGAUGCUGGUAUUUAUAGAACGCUUUGACCAAUAAUAUAUCACCACCCGAGCGACUAUGUGUCAGCCCGCAUGCUUCCAUUCGCAUGCGAGGCGACACAUGCUGCACACAUGUCGUGAGGCAUGUAUCACACACAUGCAAGAGGACACCACUCACGUCCAGAUGGCUUGCUACAUGGCUGGAGGGCAUGCAUCGUGACACACCACAUGCUACAUGUCGAUCAGCAUGCUUUGGUUACAUGCGCGGCGACACCUUGUGCUUCUACAUGUCAAGCUGCAUGUUCCAGCUUCAUGCAGGGUGACAUGUCGUGCUUUGGUUGACACUCAGCUUGCUAGACACUUGACACCACGUCCUGACUCCAUGCGUUGCGACACCUCGAGCUUCUCGAUUCAUUUGACUGAUUUCAGUCCCUCCGACAUAUUUUCUAUCUGCGAUCAAUCCCGAAUAUUUUUCUACUCCCAUUCUGAUGCCCUGAAUCAAUACAAUACUAAAAGGGGGAUAAUCUCAACUCUCAUCUAUGCCACAUCAUCAAAAAUAAUCCUCCAAUCAUAACUCUUUAUUUUCGGGUUGGGCUUCAAAUCACAAUUGAAUGGGCUUUGUUUCACUUCCGAGUUACGGGUCGCAUGUGUUUCGGUUUUGUCGUUGUUUUGGUUUUGUCUUUUAACUAAGCCUAGAUCUACGGAGACGAAGUCGCGAGUCUGCGAGUCUCUUCUCCUCAUCCCCAAUUCACUUCGUCUUCUCACAUUCAAACCGUAGCUUCUGAGUUUUUUCAUCCUAUUCUUCACAAUCAAUUUCGCAAUAAAUCUCUUCUUAGCGAAUCUAAGGAGAUGAGGAAGAGAAGCGCGAGAAAGAGGAGAGCCGAGGCAGGGCCACCACUGGUGCCCGAUCCGAGAGAGGAAAUUGGAGGCGAGGAGGUAGAUGUGGGGAUGCUUGGUCUUGGAUUCGUCGGCGCCGGAUUCGCCGGGAUAAGAGAGAUCGGCGUCGGAGUGAGGACGGCGGAAGGAGAGAGCGCGAUCGAGCAUCGUCAUCGCGUUGGCCCGUAAACCCAUUAACGAGACCUAAUCAGAGAGCGCACCACCAAACCGUCACGAGGAUCUCUAUCUCCUUCUCUGUUGCGCAGGAGACGAUCUCCAUCUCUAUUCGUCCUUUCCGAACCUGAGAAACGUGAACGGAGAUGGUACCUUUGUCAUUAUCUCAACAUAAUCUCUGGCCGCCGAAAUCUGUAUCUACGGUGUUUUGGGGUUACGCAACCGCCACAUCGAAACACGCCUGCGACCAUCUUCGCCGUCACCUCCGACUUGGCUUCCAUAUCCGCUCUUCCCUUCAGAUACUGCUGCAAGUCUAUGAUGCUGCACGAACGGAGUUCUCAAGAAGAGUCGUUGUAUUCAACAGGGCUAAGUUUCUUCACUCCAGAGAUGAUAUCAGAUCUUUGUUAUCUGUAUGUUUCUUUAGUGGAUGAGAGAGUAGGAUAGGUACUAGAGGUGAGGAGGGGUCAUCAUCAAACCAGGAGACAUCCAAGAGAAACACAGGCAGUGGACGGAGGUGGACCAAUGUCCUCCUUGCCAUUAACGUUAUGUAAUGUGUUUAGUUCUUCUCUCUGUUACAUGUAACAAUAGAUCAUGUCUUUUGGUUUGAGAUGUUGCAUUAGAUAAAUGCUUUAGGCUUAUGGGUUUCAUUCUUGUGUCAUGACAGAAUGUAUAUUGCACAAGUUGCAUCCAAUGGUAGAGUGCUGACAUGGGGAGCCAAGGUAUCAUAUUCAGAGACUUGAUUAAAUACAAGAGGGAAACAGUUUGAUAUCUGAAUAUCUCUGUUCCAUUUCUCUUAAGUCUAUCUCCAAUGAAAUUUUUUGGUUCUUACGAUAAGCCAACUCAUCUAAUAGCUUUUACAAAUAAAACGUUGUUUGUUCUCUUCUCACCGCUUGCUCGAAACAGGUAUGUUAAUUAUUUUUUUUUGUCCUGUGGAAUUUCAGGUCUUUGUUUUUUUUUUAAUAAGUUACAAUGUUUAGAUUAAGAGUUUUGAAUUUAAUGUGUUUGGUGGAAGCUCAGCGUUGGCUGCAACUCUUACUUGGGACAAUGAACUGUCUUGGACGCUGGAGAAUACUACUGAAGAACUUUAAGAGACUAUGCUUUAGGUAAACCUAGAACAAAUUCUGCUUUUAAGUUAUUGAAUGGUCUUUACACUAAAGAGAAUUUUGUUGUGUCAGGUUUCUUCUGUUGUUAUGAGGUUACGUAUAGGGACUCUCUAGAAUUAUAUGUUCUUAGCAAGAAUUAUGUUCCCACAAAAGGAUCGCAUUACACUGCUGUAAAGAAGGCUUUGGAGAUGAUUAAGCAAAAUAUUUCAUCUCUUAGUAAGGUAGUUUAGUGACCAGUGUCCGUCUCUAUUCUUGCACUGUUAUGAUUAGCUUAACUGAUGCGUUCUGUUAUUGUUUGACAGAGUGAAGGGCAUGAUGCUUAUCACUUCUCUCUGCAACUAACUGGUGCACCAGCCCUUAUCGGGAACAUGAUAUGUAUAUAAGUAGUCUCUUGGUGAAUUAUGUUUGAUUCACAUAUCUUGAAGAAAUUGUUGUUAAAGAUAUGUGCAUUUUGUUUGACAUACAUCUUUGUGCAAUCACCUGAGAGGAUUUUCCAAAGGAACCGGUUAGGCAUCUGCAGUGAAGCUUUGACUGCAACUAGGCCUCGAGCUGCUUCAACUGCGUGUGAUAUCGAGAUAUAGCGUGACUUACUAACCAGUCUAUAUGUGAGAAAAAACUGUGAAGAAGCUUGCAUUAUUGCAGCACCUAUAUUCUCAAUUGGCGGAGAAGCUGAGGAGAGAAGAUGACAAGUUUAACGUCAUCUUGGCUGCUCUGCAUCCAACUCCAGCUGUUUGUGUGCUUCCAGCAGAAGAAGCCAUACUUUUGAUCAAGCAAAUUGGUGAAAUAUUAGCUGUUUGUAACAUAUUUUUAUAAAUGCACUUCUCUACAACCAGAGCCAAACCGGUCAGAUUGUAAGCUUGCCUCAUCUCUGGGAAGAUGAGCUCAUGUCCUAAACUAAAGAAUCUUUCAUUAGGUUGCAGUAUCUGUAUCUGUUUUUUUUUUCAUCAUAUCCACCAUCAACUAACUUGAGUAUA